AUGUGUGUAGUUUAUUCAACCACGUUGGAUUUUCAGGCAUGGCAACAGCACAGGAAGACGUGGGCGAAGAGCAGAUAAAGGUGAAGGAGGAAGAUGAAGAUGGAGAUGAAGAUGAGGAUGGUGCUGCCGUGAACGGGGAGGGUGAUGCAGAUCAAGAGGACGAAGAUGAUGAUCAGCCGAAGGAACCGAAAAUACGCGAGACGCCGGAGGACAUUCAGUUUGAUGCCAUCGUGAAUACACUGGCCUUUCAUCCCAAGCAGGAUAUUAUUGCAGCAGGAGAUAUUGAUGGAGACAUAUAUUUGUACUCCUACUCGUGUACAGAAGGAGAGACGAAAGAGCUUUGGUCAUCUGGACACCACCUGAAGUCCUGCAGGAAGGUGGCGUUCACCCAAGAUGGCUGCCAUUUGUACAGCGUGGCCAAGGACAAGUCGGUGCACAUCAUGGAUGUGGAAGCAGGGAAGCUGGUCAAGCGUAUCACCAAAGCUCACAGUGUCCCCAUCAGCACCUUGCUACUGGUGGACGAGAACGUGGUGGCGACGGGUGACGACGACGGCACGCUGAAGGUGUGGGACAUGAGGAAGGGCACGGCCAUCAUGGACAUGAAGCACCACGAGGACUUCAUCAGCGAGAUCGCCGUCGACAACGCCAAGAAGAUCCUGCUCACCUCAAGUGGAGACAGUACAAUGGGUGUCUUCAACAUCAAGCGCCGGCGGUUUGAGCUGGUGUCUGAGUUCCAGAGUGGAGAUCUCCACUCAGUCUCCAUUGUCAAGCGGGGUAGGAAGGUGAUUUGUGGCUCGAGCGACGGCACCAUCUACAUCUUCAACUGGGACGGCUUCGGGGCCACCAGCGACCGCUUCUUCGUGCAGGCCGAGUCCCUAGACUGCAUCGUGCCCAUCACCGACAGCCUGGUCUGCACCGCCUCCAUGGACGGAGUUAUUCGAGCCAUCAACAUCCUCCCCAACCGCGUGGUGGGCUGCGUGGGGCAGCAUAAGGGGGAGCCCAUCGAGGAGAUCGCGCGCUCCCGCGACACCCGCUUCCUGGCCAGCAGCGCGCACGACCAGCUGGUCAAGUUCUGGGACAUCUCCAAGCUGUCGGCCAUGACGGUCAGCGACUACCGCAAGAGGAAGAAGAAGCACGGCAAGCUCGCCUCGCUCAGCAAGAAGGCCGUCGGCAGCGGGGACAACUUCUUCGCAGGCCUGCUGGACGACGAGCCUAGCGCACCGACGAAGGACGGCACGAAAGAGGAGGAUGAGGAUGAUGAUGAGGAUGAUGAUAGUGAUAGUGACAGUGGUAGCGACUGAAGGCUGUCAGCAAUGGACAUAACUUUGAAUUACUGGACGAGCCAACUCUGGGGUGCAUUUCUCAAAACCAUAUUUGCUAACUUCAUUAGCUACUUUGUUGUUUUCAAUACAGUUUCCCAUUGGCAACUACCCAAGUUGCUAACUGGCUAACAACUUCGCUUUUGAGAAACGCAACUCUGGUUUAACUGGAUGAGCCAACUCUGGUUUACGGUUACGAGCCCACAAAGGACAGCUCAAAAGAUCAAGAAAAUGUUUUUGAAUGUGUCCGUAUUCCGGUGCCACAUUACUCUUCCACACAUGUAAAACGGAAUAUUCCGAAACUUGUUUUACUCCGAAUACUCUGACUAUUCCUUUUGAAACUGCAUGUAACUGCGCUCAGCGAUGGUGAUAGUGACUGAAGUGACUGUCAUCAUCCUUGGAGAUAACUUCUCUGGAGUGGUGUGCCUUUGAAGGACAGUGCGAUGCUGAUGGAUGUGAUGGCCAUUGAGAAGUGGAAAGAAACUAUGUGGUGGCUUGUUGGCUGCACCCAAAUGUCUACAAAUGGCUACAAAGGACAGCACAAAAGAGGAUAAUGGUGAUGACAAUGAUGGUGACAGUGGCUGUGAAACGUGGACCUAUUUAAAGACUGUGACUCUUCCCUGUGUCUUUCACACACCCAGUGUUGUGGAGUAGUAGUAAAUCUUAAACGCGUCACAUGUGUACACACACACACACAUGCACACACACACGCACACGCACACGCACGCACAUUGUUACUUGUUCUUUGUCCUCAGCCUGUGAGUUCCCAUGGGGAAUACCCACAAGACUGUGCAGAUUGAGUAUUUUAACAAUAUUUGGACUUAAUCCAAAAUAAUUUGUAUGCAAAGAAUGACAAUGUGUACACAUACACCACUGUUUUGGUCAGUGUGCCUUUUCAAUGUUCAAUAUCAUUUUUGCUGUUUUUUAAAUAUAUAGUUUCUGCUGUUAAGUGCA